AUGAGCUUCGAUUUGCAGUUAAUGGGGUCGUUGGCCACCCGAGUUGGAACGAACUAUGCCGCCACUGACGCUGAACUAGCAGAGAUUAAGAGGCUGCUGAAGGAUCCCCAAACAAAAUCCAAGCAGCUGGAAGAGGAUAUUGCCUUGAGCGAAGCUAGAUUGAAGAACUUACGGGAGCAGAAAGACGCACUUGAUGAAAGUAUGCACAGCUACCGCGCUCUCCUCUCCCCAAUCCGGCGCCUUCCUCGAGACCUACUGCAGGAGAUGUUCCUGGCAUGUCUUCCGCACGAACGCAAUCCAAGCAUGAGCACCGACGAGCCCCCGGUGCUCCUGACACACGUCUCGAGGCAGUGGCGGCACGUUGCGCUUCACACACCGCGUCUCUGGGCCGCCAUUCAUAUCCCCGUUCCUUCGAUCCCACGAAAUCACCUGGGAGAGCCGUUGAGUGACGAGUAUUCGAGGAGGGUGGCAGAUAUCAUGGAGCAGCGGAUGUGCAUAGCUAGCGAGUGGUUUGAGCGGAGUGGUGUCUGCCCGCUCAGCAUUUCGCUCCACGAAUGGAACGCGCAUUGGGCGAGCGAUGUGUUCGCGACGGUGGCCAAACGCUGCUUAAUCCCUUUCUGCCGUCGAUGGAAAGAUAUUUCGCUGACGACAUGUGCUUCUUCGAUUCGCCCAAUCCAGGAACUCAGCGCCGCCGAUACGCCGCUGCUCGAAUCUCUACGUCUUCAUCUUACAACAAUCAUGGUCCCACCGCCGACAGAAGAUAUACAUGCCCCCUGGAAACAUGGAAGCAUCCUGCAAAGCUUGCGCCUGACCCAAUUCCAGAUUUCUGCUAAAGAUCGCGACAUACCCUACAGUCAAGUACACUGGGGACUACUAACAACCCUCGUCAUCGAGGGGAACAGAUGGGCCGUAUCGAUGUAUCCCGAUCUAGCCGCGAUAAAGAAUGUUCUCCGUCAAUGCACCGCCCUCAUUGAAUGCACAGUACAGACCAGCGCUGGUGUUAUGUACUCUCCAGAAGGCGACGAUGAGAUGCAGGAGUCCCCCAUCAUCCUUCCGCAUCUUAAAGCCUUAACACUUGAAGAAAAAUACGACGCGAGUUUCUUAUGGCAAUUGCAUGCUCCCUCCCUCCACCAGAUCACCUAUUCCAGAACCCCCAGUGUUGAACCAACUUCACCCUCCCCUCUCCUCAGUUUUCUCACCUCGCACCCCGAUGUUGAGAUUCAAAGGCUUCACACUAGCAGUGGGAGCAUGUUGGCCGACGAGUUCCUCACAUGCUUGAAAUGCUGCCCGUUGUUGCACACCCUCCACAUCAAGACCGGCAAGUACAUGACGCCAAUGGCGUCCCCGAUGAUGCCAACUAUCGCACAGCACUUGGGCCAGAUUGGGUUGAAUGACAGCCUGCUCAUUGCUUUCGCUCCUGCGAGUGUCGACAUCGAAGACGUCCUAUGCCCUAAGCUCGAAGACGUGGAGUUUAUGAUGGACAGCAAAUUCAGCGAGGAAGCCGUGUUGGAUUUCAUUCGGAGAAAGCAGAAUGGGGAGGACAAACAUUUAAGCAAGCUUCGAAGGGUAAAGUUUCACUUUUCGAGGAAGAAGCCUUUCGACAAGAAUAUCGAGGCGGAUGUGAAGCCAUUCGUCGAGGAGGGUCUGCAGGCAGAACUGCUGUACGAUCGUCCAUUUAUGAAGGGUCCAUUCUCGCUCUAUGAUGGUCUGCCGACGAUCUACCCACAAUUUCCAUCAUUGCCAGGUUUUCACUCGGGAUAA